GGCCCAGACUCUGCGGACCAAUCACACGCUCGGUCUCAUCCUCUGGAUUUGCUCUCGGCCAAUCAGCUGCUUUGUUUUCCCUCGCUUGUGAACAGGACGUUAGGUUGCACUAAGACUAAAAAGAGUCUGUCCAAGCGAACAGAAAGUGCUGUCACUCCAGAGGAAGAACCUGUCAUCAUGCCUCAGGCCAAUAAAUCUGUGAGCGGUGCUGGUGUACCAGGCCAGGUCUCAGCCCCGGACCGAGGCGAGCCGCCGCCACCGCCGGUGGUGCCGGACGCCAGGAGUCAGGAGGGGGCUGGAGACUGCCAGCCGGCUGCUGGAGUCGCUGAGCUGGAGCAGGGAGACCCGCAGAUCAUCAAAUCUCCCAGCGACCCCAAGAAAUACAGGUACAUCGAGCUGAGCAACGGCCUCAGAGCUCUCCUCAUCUCUGACUUCAGCGGGGCCGAGGGGAAGGGGAGCGGCGAGGACACGGAGAGUCAGGGGGAGGAAGAGGUGGACGAAGGGCAGGAGGAGGAGGAGGAGGAGGACUCGGGCGAGGGGACGGAGGAGGAGGAGAACGACGGGGAAGAAGCGGACAGCGACUUCGAGGAGCUGGACGAGGAGAAAGAGGGGAAGAAGAAGAGGGGCAGCUGUGAGAAGCAGUCUGCAGCGGCUCUGUGCAUCAGCGUGGGGAGUUUCAGCGACCCGGACGACCUGCCCGGCCUCGCCCACUUCCUGGAACACAUGGUGUUCAUGGGCAGCGAGAAAUACCCGGCAGAGAACGGCUUCGACGCCUUCCUGAAGAAGCACGGCGGCAGCGACAACGCCUCCACGGACUGCGAGCGCACCAUCUUCCAGUUCGACGUGCAGAGGAAGUAUUUCCGCGAGGCGCUCGACAGGUGGGCCCAGUUCUUCAUCUGCCCGCUGAUGAUAGAGGACGCCAUCGACCGGGAGGUGGAGGCUGUGGACAGCGAGUACCAGUUGGCGAGGCCGUCUGACUCCCAUCGUAAAGAGAUGCUGUUUGGUAGCCUGGCAAAGCCCGGCCACCCCAUGAGCAAGUUCUGCUGGGGAAACGCCCAGACAUUGAAACACGAGCCCAGAGAGCAGCAGAUCAACACCUACCAGCGGCUCAGAGACUUCUGGAAGAGAUAUUACUCCGCCCACUACAUGACGCUCACCGUGCAGUCCAAAGAAACACUGGACACACUGGAGGAGUGGGUGAGAGAGAUUUUCAUCAGUGUUCCCAACAACGGCGAGCCUCGGCCCGACUUCUCCGACCUCCAGCAGCCGUUCGACACGCCGGCCUUCAACAAGCUCUACAGAGUCAGGGAUGUGCGUCUCCUCAUCCUGGAGCACUGUCGCUGGUCGGUGGUUCAGAAGUACGAGGCCGUCAUGAAGGGUCUGACCGUCGACGACCUCAUGACCUUUGUGACGGGGCUGAAGGCGGAGCUUUACACCGAGGGGCUGGUGCAGGGCAACUUCACCAGCACGGAGUCCAUGGAGUUCCUGCAGUACUUCAUCGAUAAGCUGCAGUUCCAGCCUCUGUCAGUAGAGGUCCCCGUGCUGUUCCGGGUGGUGGAGUUGCCUCAGAAGCACCACCUCUGCAAAGUCAAGUCUCUCAACAAGGGAGACGCCAACUCCGAGGUCACCGUCUACUACCAGUCGGGGCUGAAGAACCUGAGGGAGCACACGCUGAUGGAGCUGAUGGUGAUGCACAUGGAGGAGCCCUGCUUCGACUUCCUCAGGACCAAGGAGACGCUGGGGUACCAGGUGUAUCCAACCUGCAGGAACACCUCGGGGGUCCUGGGUUUCUCCGUCACCGUGGAAACACAGGCUACCAAGUUCAGCACCGACUUCGUGGAGGGGAAGAUCGAGGAGUUCCUGGUGAGUUUCGGCGAGCGCCUGUCGGGCCUGAGCGAGGAGGGCUUUAAGACCCAGGUGACGGCGCUCAUCAAGCUGAAGGAGUGCGAGGACGCCCACCUGGGGGAGGAAGUGGACCGCAACUGGUUCGAGGUCGUCACGCAGCAGUACGUCUUCGACCGGCUCAACAAGGAGAUCGAGGCUCUGAAGCUCAUCACCCAGGAGGAGCUGGUGUCCUGGUUCCUGCAGCACCGAGACGCCGGCAGCAGGAAGCUCAGUGUGCACGUGGUGGGUUUCGGGACAGAGGAGAACGACCCGCCGGACCAGAGCCCCAGCCCCCCCGACACCCCGGCCACCUCCACCUACGGAGAGGUCUCCAAACUCACCUUCCUCGCGGCCUCCUCGUCCUUGUUGCAGGACGCCGCGCUCAUCACCGACAUCCGGGAGUUCACCUCCUCCCUCCCCCUGCACCCCUACCACAAGAUCCUCAGCUAGGACGCCCGGGGGAGCGACCCGGCUCCUUCACUCUCUCUCUCUGGCGUCGGUGUUCACGUCAGACAUAAUAAAGUAACCAUGGCAACAGGCACUAGAUUUGAAAACCUGUCAAAGAGGACACCGUUAGGGCAGAGAGAAAGAAAAAAGGGAUUAGACCUAAGACGUAUUUUUGCCAGUGUUAGUCCUUUUCUUUUCCGUGGCUGGCUGUGAUAAUGCUGCAUUCACAUCCUGUGGGAAAAACGCAACAUCUCAGCUUCCUGCCAGGAAACACCAGUCAUGUCAGGCCUCAGAUGGCAAAAAAACUCCUGUUCACGCUGCUUUCACAUGUAAAUUGGACUUGGAAACUACAGUCCCGUCUAGAGAAUGACAUUUUUUUUCAAAUAAAGCUAAUAAUUCCAAGUAGGGAUGGGAACAAGCACUCGUUGUGUAGCCACAUGCUCAAGCUGUGAAAUAUUAUUCAGAAUUCACAAAGUGAUUCAGCUUGUCUAAGAGUAGAAAAAUAAAAUUCCCUGCUUCCCGCUAUAUCCCUCACUUCAACCUGGCAGUUCUGACUGAAGCCACAGGGUGGCGCUGCAGCCUCCCUGAGGUCAGCUGAGCCCAGCUCUCCUUUAGGAUGCAAUAUGGUGGCAGGUAAAAGAGAGAAAAGCAAGUAGAGCUUUUUCUUUUAAUCACAGAACCAAGAAGUCUAAAUUUCAAUGCCCAUAUAAGUUUCAUUUUUAAAACAAACACUGGAGUAGCUCUUGUUUUUAUCUGAUAGAGAACUCGACUACCAAAUUACUUGAAAUUCCCAUCCCUAAUUUCAAACUAGUUUUUGAUCACAGAUGUUAAAAGUGCUUGCUGAAUUUUUAUUUCACUCAAAUGCAUCAUCCCUAAUUUCACCUGUGCUGGAGGGAAAAAUGAUGAUAAUAAUGAAAAGAAACCAAAGUGUACAGAAAAACUACAAUCAUGGAAUCCAGACGGCUCCAGUUGAGUCUGAACCUGAGGAGACUUCCACGCGUUUAACUGUGAAAUCGUUUGGACGGUUAUUCCCAGAUGACGUGAAUGCAGCACAGUAACUCAGGGUUUUGGUUCCAAAAUAAGAAUCAGACAGAGGGCUGAAAGAGAAGCCGGACGGGCCAGAGACUCUCAUAUCAUCACCUGUCACUUUUAUCUCAUGGAAUUCAACACUGACAAACACAUUUACCUUUCAAUAAUGACGCAGCAUCUCAGAGUUUACAUGUACAUGUUCAUACUGUAAUAUGUUGUCAGUGGAAAAUGUAAAUGAAGAAAUAAUGUAUAGAAAAUCAAGAGCUGAUAUGGUGGCCAGUGUUACAGAGCUGUGACUUGUUUUAACCCUUUGAAAUCUGAGAAAAUUCACGGGAUUUCUGUCAAAAACAUGGGGCAGUGGUGAUCAGCAAAUUAUCAAAAAAACAUUACUAAACAUAAUUCUUUUUUAAAUUGGCAAAAUAAUAAUAAUAGUAAUAAUAAUAAUGAUACCAGAAAAUAGAAAAAGAGUAAAGCAAAACAUUUCCUGAAAAAAAUGCAGGUUAACUACUUUCUGUUGUUAAAGUGAUGUAUUUAAGGGUCAGAUCAGUGAUGCUGGAUGGACAAUUUUUUGAAAAUUAGCACUAAAAUAAUAGGGAAAAAAUAAUGAUGAUAACACAAAUGGAUAAUAGCCAGAAAAUUACCAGAAAAUCCCCCCCAAAAAUGAAAAAGGUAAAGAAAUGAAGUGAAUUUUGGUGGCGGGGGGCCUUUGUGGGGGCUCCUGGGUUGUGAAGGGUUAACUCGGACUGCGCCGCAGAGGCAAACGGCAGUAACCUGUGUUGUGUGUGUGGGACGUCACGGCCGGGCUCUCAGGUGACACGCAGUCACAGCAGCAGCUUCAUCAGGACUGGACAGAAACUUGAAGUCAUUUUGUGUUUUACUGGCGACGCAGUUCCUGCUCUUUGCCUUCAGGGGGCAGCGUGGUGUGUCAGUACCGUUUCCAUCCUACCUCUUGCCUUUAAAAACCACUGGACUCCUGGCAUGUCAAACCAUAGCCUGUUGUUUUAUUCUGCGUGAAUGUACAUAUUUAUUAAAACAGACUGUAGAGCACCGUG